GCUCGACGAUGACCUCGUAGCUGACUUCGAAGACCUUCGAAUCUCUUCGGACCCUAACCCUAACCCUAGAAGCUUCCCUUACAGCGUGAAGCAGCAAUGCUGGGAGAAAGCCGAGAAGAUCAAAGGCCGAGACCCCGAUCGCUGGCGCAGGGAUGCCCUCGGCAACACCGUCUUUCGCAAGCUCGUUGGUUGCCCUGGUUGUCUCUGCCAUGAUUACGACCACAUCCUCCCUUACUCUAAGGGUGGGAAAAGCACACUGGAAAACUGUCAAGUUUUACAGGCAACAGUUAACCGAUCAAAGGGUAAUCGAACAGAUAUAUCCAAAUCUGAACUUAUUCAGAAGAGUUCUUAUUGCAGGGUUUCAGGUCGCGAUAUGGAUCUUUUGGAACUGUCAGCAUAUGGCAACGUACGGCGAGGACCGGAGUCUGGGGGUUGUAGAAUCCAAUGAACAAUUGAGCAUACUAACUUGUUUUGUGGAUGAUUGCCAAUGAGAGCUAAAUGAUAACCUUGUAGCUAGUCAUCCUGAAAAUGAUCUUUUGGAGCUCCAUUUGUGCACAAACAAGUUGAAACUGCAAAGAAAAAAUGACUUAACUGGUCUUGUAAGUCUAUAGCAUACUGAUCCAUUGAAGAGCCACUAUUGCAUUGAACAUUUAGCCUAUAUGCUGGAACAUCAGAACACUAUUUAUUGCUACAGAAGUGUAAAAUGAUUAUUGUUGCACACGAAUUAUCAUUAUUCUUGUCGAAUGAGUGUAAAUAACUGAUACCUUUUUUAUAUAUAUAAAUAUAAAAGCAAAUGACAGUCA